AUGGACGCAAACAACAGCACGCUAGAUUCAGCUAACAACACUGCAGUUUCCAAUGCAACUUUAGCUACAUUAGCCACAACUCCGUCCAUGCCAACCACAACGGAAAAAGAUGAUUGGUCGCCUGCUGUGAACUAUUUGUUCACAGGAGAUUUCACUUUGCUAGAAACGUCGCGGUGCAACCGAGCUUACAGCCCCUCUGGACAAGACGGACCUUUACCGUAUAGCUUUGACGUACCGCUACGACCGGCAAUGGACGCGUUAGCUAACACCGCUAACUUCCUCAACAUGAUCUUCCAAGCUAGCGACUUGCGAGAAAGCACCGUGGAAGAAGACAUGGAGUGGUAUCACGCCUUAAUUCGUGCGCUUUUGGACGCGGACGCACUGAUACAAAAAGCCUAUCUGACUUUUGACGCAGAUCCGGCAGCGCUAACGCCACAGCUAGUCCUACGCGCGAGUCGCAAUCCCAUGGCAAAAAUUCCCACCAUCAUCCUGCAAGAUUUGUCCAAGUUUUGGGAUACGUUGCACCCUCCUGCUCCAGCACCGGACGAUUCGUGGUUUAAGAGUUUGAAAUUUCCGCAGAAUAACGGUUUGAAUGCUGCGUUGUCGAAGAGAGUGUUGUUGAACGAUUUGAGCACGCUGGACACUCCAAAAUGGCGGCAAAGUGACAGUUAUGUGACCAAUCGCACCGGGGUGAGGUGGGCUAGCGCUCCCUUCUUGGACUGCGAGGAUGGGAGGUUUGUGCCCGGGUGGAUGCUAACGUUGUCGACGGCUUACUACGGCCUCAAACCGGACCUGACUCCAGAGUUUAGAGGUGUGAUCCGAGUGGACGCCAACAUUCAGGACGUGGACGUGGACCAGUGCGCCGCAGGGAACAGCUGGUUCGCCGACACACACCAGUGUAACCGCACCAGUAUGGAGUGCGUCCCUCUUCCCGGCCGUGGUUUUCGUCUGGGCCAGUACUGCUGCAGGUGCAAGGAAGGAUUUUAUAACCCAGAGCCCGCCCCAGAUCCAGAUGCCCUGUCGGUGAACAGCAGUGAGGAGUGCUACCCCUCUAUGCCCCUGUGCCUGCCCUGCUACCCCGGCUGUGGGCGCUGUGUGGACGGCUCUCCCUGUCAAGUGCAGGAGGACUGGCUGCUCCGGACCGCGGUCUUAGCCGUCCAGGGGGUCUUCAUGGUCCUCAUCUUUGUCAGUAUGAUGGCCGCCUACCGACACCGGAGGAACAAGCGGAUCAGAGCGUCGGGUUUGCUGCUGUUGGAGAUCAUUCUCUUUGGAUCGCUGCUCCUCUACUUCCCAGUUUUCAUCAUGUACUUCAGGCCCAGUACGUUCCGGUGCAUUCUCCUGCGAUGGGUUCGAAUGUUGGGCUUCUCCAUCGUCUAUGGUACCGUCACGCUCAAAAUGUACCGUGUUUUGAAGGCGUUCCUGUCCCGCACGGCCCAGAGAGUCCCGUACAUGUCCAGCCUGCACCUGAUGCGGAUCCUGGCCGUGAUGCUGAUGACGGUGAGCUGGUUCCUCUGCGCCUGGACCGUGGGCGUCCUCCAGAACAGAGACAAGAACAUCCCCGUCUACCUGUCCACCACCACCACCGACGGAAAGGGCUUCAACCUCUGCUACCACGACCGCUGGGACUACAUGAUGGCCGUGGCCGAGGUCUUGUUCCUGUGCUGGGGCAGCUCUCUCUGGACGGCUGUGAGGCCCGUACCCUCUGCCUUCCACGAGCCUCGCUACAUGGGCAUCGCCAUCCACAACGAACUGCUGCUGUCCACCAUGUUCCACCUCUUCAGGUUCACGUUCCCGUCUCUGCACCCCGACUGGAUGCUGCUCAUGUGUUUCGCUCAUACUCACUUCACCAUCUCGGUGACUCUCGCGCUGCUCUUUCUACCAAAGUUUCUGUUCGCCUCCAAAUCUGGGCGUGAGGAGAUCGCAGCCGAGGUGUACGAGGACGAGGUGGAUCUGAGACGCUCGUAUCUCAACAACAGUUUCACCUCGGCCUGGAGCGAGCACAGCGUGGACCCAGAGGACUUCAGGGAGGAACUGAAGAAGCUAUACGCACAGUUAGAAGUCAACAAGACCAAGAAAAUGGCUGCCAAUAACCCUCACCUCCAAAAGAAACGUAGUUCUCGAUGCGCCAUUGGGCGAUCCAUCAUAAAACGCAUCUCUUUGAGUCGUCAGUGCAGCCGGGAAGACAAGGAUGGAUCGUUUCGAAGUCGCAGUAUUUGCCAGAUUCACGGUAGAAGUAGCAUAGGAGAGGCAUCACCAGAGCAUGAAGGAAGAGACGAGGCUAAGAACCUCGCAUUGGGACGCAGGGAUGCACUUUGCCCCUGGGACAUGAACAGGAGUGGGUCCGGGUCGUUCACAGACAACGCAUCCGACGUCUUCACUUGGGAGCCAGAGAAUAUUCCCGAAGCGGAAGAGGAUGACGACGAUGCAGAGUCGGCAGCAGAGGCCCUGGUGUUCCCGCCCGAUUUGUGA